CAACACUGGAUUUAACUUAGUUGAAAGUAGCUGAGCAGAACCUAUCUGGAAAAAAAAAAAAAAUUGGGUUCCUGAGGACAUUAAUACAAGAAAACAUCAGCUGCUCAGUAUUGCAUGCCUACUGACCUGCUUCAUUUACUUAAUUUUUCCUGGUGUGGCACAGCUAUACACAUUUCCAGACAAAAUGGCUUACUACGGUCUGCAAAUAGCCGGACUAAUACUAGGAGGCAUCGGCAUGGUGGGGACAGUGGCGGUCACUGUCAUGCCCCAGUGGAGAGUUUCUGCCUUCAUCGAAAGCAACAUUGUGGUUUUUGAAAACCUCUGGGAAGGGCUGUGGAUGAGUUGCAUGAGACAUGCCAACAUCAGGAUGCAGUGUAAAACAUAUGACUCCCUGCUGGCUCUCACUCCAGACCUGCAGGCCUCCAGGGGACUGAUGUGUGCAGCCUCUGUGCUGUCCUUCUUCGCUUUCAUGAUUGCCAUCCUUGGAAUGAAAUGUGUCAUAUGCACUGGGAACAACGAACAAACCAAGAGUUUUAUUUUGCUGACGGCUGGAGUCCUCUUCGUUCUCACAGGCAUUGUUGUUCUGGUCCCAGUGUGCUGGGUUGCCAAUGGGAUCAUCAGAGACUUCUACAACCCAGUAGUGAAUACAGCUCAAAAACGCGAACUAGGAGAAGCUCUCUACCUAGGCUGUAUGACAGCGCUGCUCCUCAUCGCCGCAGGGACAAUAUUCUGCUGCGCUUUUUGUUGUAAGGAGAAAGGCAAUCGCUACAGAUACUCGAUCCCAUCGUAUCACACAGCCCACAAAAGCUAUCACUCAGGGAAGAAAACGCCAAGUGUGUACUCCAAAAGUCAGUAUGUCUAAUUGCUUAUGAUUUUAUUUUCGUUUUGCUCCUCCGUUGGUUGCUGUGAAUGGACAAGACUGUCUACUCAGAACGAUAAAUAGAAUCAAAAGGAGUGUUGGUUCAUUAUUCUUUACUACCAAACACUGAUUUCACAAGCCAAGCAUUAGACUGUCUUUGCUAGCCCAAUGGUGACAGACUGCAGUAAGUUAUUUCAAAGUAGACAUACUGUUUAACUAUUUUAGGAAAUAUAGUAAGUAGCUUGUUUUUAAAAAGCUUAAAGCAUUCAUACUUUUUUCAGUUAUUUCAAAUAACUUUGUUCAAGAUUACAUUAUAUUAGUUCUGACUUAAUUAUGAUGGAGUGCUUUCUGAGUAUGUGAGCUUAACAUAUCUCUAUAAGUAGGAAAAUUCUGAUAUUGUUCUGCUGAAAAUAAAAUGUUAAUUCAUCAGUGUGAAUCACUAAAAUUCAAUUUUCAGAGAAAUAGAGGGUAAGAUCAAGGUUCUGACUUAUUUAUGAUGUUGUGUUUUAUGAGUAGGUGAGCAUAGUAUAUCUCACUUAAGUAGGAAAAUUAUGUUAUUGUUUUAUUAAAAAUAAAAUAUUAAUUCAUCAGUGUGAAUAAUUUAAACUCAAUUUUCAGAGAAAUAGAGGGUAAGAUUGAGGUUCUGACUUAACUAUGUUAUAGUGUUUUAUGAGUAGGUGAAAUUCUGUUAUUGUUCUCAAUUUUCAGAAAAAUAGAGAGUAAGAUUGAAGAAGGUUAAUAUUUGUUGUUUAAAACUUUUUAUAGAUGAAUACACUGAAAUUAAAAUGAAGGCUAAAAUGGUUGGAUCAGUAGCGUAAAGGAGAGUAAUGGCUUUAUCAUAUCAUCUUUUUUUCAGUCUAGGACUUAGAAAUUCUUAUUGCCUUAUACACUUCCUCCAGAAGUGUAUAACUUUAUGUUAAGUUGUAUCUUGUAUGUUAACAUCUUUUAAGCUAAAGAACACCACUUUUGGAUUCAGGCAACUUUGGCAUUUCAGAGUUGGUAGCGAUUUCAGGGAUCCUAAGCCAAAGCAUAUCUGAAUAAGUAUUGUGUCUACAGCCUCUCCCAACAAAUAAUGAUACAGCCUUUAGAGACUUCCAGUGAGAGGGGAAUCACUAUCUUUUAUAGCAUCCUUUUACUUGUUUGGAUAGCUCUUGUUAUUGGAAGCUUUUCUUUUUUCAUGGGUGAGCUGGUCAAAGUCAGGUGCUUGAAGCAUGUACAGAUAUUCUCUGCCCAGUUUCUGUCCAAGCAACUGUGUGGAAACUUGAGGGGAGCUAGUUUCUGGUCAGGGGUAAAUGAGGAGCUGGUACUGUGUGAUGAGAAGGAACCACUCCAGUGUCUUUGCCAAGAAAACCCAAAAUGCGGUCAUGAAGAGUCGGACACAACUGAAAAUGACCGAACAACAACACUGUAUGGUGAUAAAAAGGCUUCUGAUUGGCUGUGGAGCUAGAACUGGUUACUCAGAACCUGCUGAGCUAGAAUUGAGAGGGUAUCCAAAAGGAGCUACCCAUGACUUCAUCAAUCUGCAUUUUGAGGAGACAGGACUGCUCUGAAUUGCCUCCCCAGAGCCAGGUCGGGGAAGGGCCAAAGGCUGCUGUGAGUGCAUGACUGCUUCUGUCUCCUUUGUGUUCGCUCCCUUAUUAAGUGACUGAGUAGCAUCUAUGAGCUGGGCAUGCUUAGGGAGCAGCCUGGUGGGCACUGCAAGUGUGAAGAGAUUUGCAAGGAGACAGCUGGCACCUUCUCUUCCCUCCAAAGCUCAAGAAUAAGCAGGGGAGAGAGUACCAGCAACAGCACAGGAGCCUGGGCCAGCAGUAGCAGAGUGGUUCAGCCUAGUAAUCCAUCCCCCCACCCAGCAAACAUGUCAUUCAUUGAAAGGAACCAGCCCAACUCAGCAGCAGAGGAAUUCAUCCAUCAUCAAAUGUCCUGCUCUGCAGAAAACUUCAUGAGACUUCCUGAAAGGAACGUAGGGCUUCUAAAGACAGGAAUUGGGAAGUACCCUUUCGCCACAAGUAUUAUUUACAUGUGUCACUUAAGUUAAUGCCCACUCCCUUCGUGGAAUUUUUAUGAAUUUGUGGGAGAGAAUGCUAUAGAGUAUGCUUUGGCAGUGGCGGGGGAGGGGGGGGGGAAAUGUUCUGAAUCAACUGCUCUUUUUAGUAAAUCCCUUAUCUAAAAGCUAAUGGAGUCAACUGAUUGAUUAUUCAUUGGGAGCACAGUAAGGGGGGCUCAAGAACGAGGAUAUUAAAACCUCACGCCUACAUCACAGAGUAACAGGGCCUUCAGGGGGACUGGCCUCUCAGUAUAAAUGUGAGUUGGGAAAUAUCCCUGGAGGGGAUGUUUUACUUUACAUUGGAAUGAAAUGUGAUUCUUCUAAUCUUACUGUGCUUAGAUGAAGCAAAAGAAAACUCUUCCAAGUUACAACCUUUCUAUUACUUGAAGGCAGAUAUUCAGCUCCCCUACAUCUUCUCCAUGCUAAAUAUCCCCAAUGGAUUUGACUGAUCCUUGUGUAACAUGACCUUGAGGCCCUUUAAUGUAUUGGUCAUACUCCUUUGGAUGAUCCCAAAUUUAUCAAUGUCUUUACUCAUAUGUGGUUUCUAGAACUGAACAUGAUAAGGCACACCUGGCCAUAAGAUAAAAUUAUUCUGUAAGAGACUUGAACCCUUCAGGAAAGUGCAUUGUCUUCAUCUAGAUUUUUAUAAAUGAACAGGAAGGAUAUGUUAAACACAGGGCUUUAUGUAUGUUGAUGUUUUAAUUACUAUUUACACAGGCACUGGACAUUUAACAACCGUGGAUUUCUGAAGAACAAACGGACUUCACUUUUUAUUGCUCUGAGCUUCCUUGUAAACCCUAUGUUCCAGUAAAUGCUAUGCUGGCUUGCAGUGGCUGUUUCAGUUUUGUACGAAUGCAUAUUUUUAAACUUUGCCUCCUUUUCACUUGGCAAAACAAAACUAAGUGCAAAAAGACCAUUGCCCUCUCCUAAGGCAAAAAGACCUACUAAGUGCAAAAAGACCAUCAUCCUUUCUGUCAUUUGAUAAUUUGGAGUAAAGUGUGAACGUGAACACCCACAGUAUAGCAUGUG